AGAUGGGUGAUCCUAACAUUAGCCACAUAGACGUAGACUUUACAGGGAGUCUCCCAGCUGCCAAACUGGAUCACUACAUGGACAUGUAUGACAUGGACUAUGGCAUCCCUCCAGAGGAUAUCCCAGACACCACGCAGGGCCAGGCCUUCUUCGUGGCAACUAUCCUCAUUGGUGUGGUUCUUGUCUGCAUUGUGCUUGUCUGUGGGCUGGGAAACUUCAUAUUCAUCGCCACGCUGACACGCUACAAGAAACUCCGCAACCUCACCAACCUGCUCAUCGCCAACCUGGCCAUCUCAGACUUCAUUGUGGCGGUGGUGUGCUGCCCAUUCCUGGUGGACUACUAUGUGGUGAAACAACUCUCAUGGGAUCAUGGACUGGUGCUGUGUGCUUCUGUCAACUACCUUCGGACUGUGUCACUCUAUGUGUCCACAAAUGCUUUGCUCGCCAUCGCAGUUGACAGGUACAUGGCUAUUGUUCAUCCAUUGAGGCCUCGUAUGAAGUACCAAACCGCCUACUGCCUGAUCACAGGAGUCUGGAUUGUGCCCAUCCUAAUAUCCAUACCCUCAGCCUACUUUGCCUCUGAGACCAUGUACCCCCAUGGUGACUCCCUUACUACUCAUAAAGUCUUCUGUGCUCAGAUUUGGCCUGUGGAUCAGCAGGCAUACUACCGCUCCUACUUCAUGUUUGUUUUUGCCGUGGAGUUUGUCGGUCCUGUGAUCAUCAUGGCGAUGUGCUAUGCUCGAAUUUCCCGCGAGCUCUGGUUCAAGAAUGUCCCGGGUUUUCAAACGGAACAGAUCAGAAAGAGGUUACGCUGUCGCCGCAAGACUGUGAUGGUCCUGAUCAUGAUCCUGACAGCAUACAUCCUGUGCUGGGCGCCGUACUAUGGCUUCACCAUCCUACGGGAUUUCCACCCAACACUCAUCUCCCGUCAGAGACACUCUUUAGUGGCAUUCUAUAUCGUUGAGUGCAUUACCAUGAGCAACAGCAUGAUCAAUACCUUCUGUUUUGUUAGUGUCAAGAAUAACACCAUGAAGUAUUUGAAGAAGAUUGUACUGCUGCGCUGGAGGUCAAAGUAUGUCCACGCCGGUAAAACUGUGGAUGAGAUGGAUAUGAGGACCUCCUCCAUGCCUGUGACUGAGGAGGUUGUAUGUAUUCACCUGAGGUGAAGCGAGAAAAUCUGAUACAUAACAGACAUUACCUGUGAUGUUUUGGUAUAUGUAUUUUAGUCUCUGAUAUGAACCUGAUCUAAACGUGAAAGAAAUGUGACUACAGUGUUAAGUCCCACCCAGGUACAGUAGGCUUGAAUGUAAUACAGGUCAGUCGAUUUCAUCUUAAGUUAUGCAUUUGUUUUCUAAAGCUUUGCGUAUUCUGCCUGCUGUCCUCUUCAUGUCUGCAUGUUGGUAACAACAUGCCCAAAAAGGCCAAAGCACUUAAAAUGCUCUGCAUCUAAAAUCCAGUCGUAUCUCACGCUGAAUUAAAACUAGUUACUUCAGAAAAGUCUUGCUAAUUGUGUGCUGUAAAAUUGUUUCAUGCUCGGACCUCCUCUGUAAAAGAGUUUUUCUUUAGUGUGAUUGACAAAUUGCAAAGUUUGCGUCAGUGUUAGUGUUAGCGUUAAACUCACACUGGUGAAAAGUGGACUAUACAAAGACAAAGACUGGACUAGUUUUGCCUGAUGUUGUUAAUGUAGUCCUUGCUAUUCACUUGUAAGCAACUGUCUUUUUAAGCUUUGAAAUUUCUCAAGAGGGGAAUUUCUAUAUGUAUUUAUGUCAUAGAGAAGAAGAGGAAAAUCUCCUUAGCUUGUGUUUACGACAGCUAACCAAAAAAGUCUUUAAAAAAUCCCAUACACUUCAAGACGAUUGACUCGGAAGUGCUCAAGAGGGACGUUAUUUUACUGCAACACUGUUUUCAGCUGCAUAUGGGAUCAUGCUAAAAUGAAGCUUAUUAUUGCUUAUUAUGCUUAUUAUUUCUAUUUAUAUACAACUGUUUAUUUAAAUCAAAGAUGUCUGUCCUAAGAAGAUGUAUGUGUGCUCUUUCAGUGCAAAUUUCAGUAUCGCUGCUCUGUAAGUAAACGGUAAGUAGUACAGUAUUAAAGUGUGAGUUAUUGUGACUGUUUUUGUUGUACAAACUGUGACUGUACACUGUGUUAUUGUGACAUGUUUUGGCAUGUAGAAGAUCCAACUGCACAUUAUGUGAAUGAUGUGUAAAUAAGAGCUCCUGUUGACCUUAAUGAUUCAUAAUGGAACAAUGUAAAGGUCAUUCUUUGAUAAACCAAUAAUUAUUUGUUUAUAUUACAAAACCAACAGCUCUUAAUACUUAAGACACAGUUUAAUAGCUUUUGCCUUUAUCUUUUUUCUGUGUUCUAUGGUGCUGCUUUAUUUUAAAGAAAUUGUGAGUUUCUCUGUAUUGAUGUCAUUUCAGGUAUAUGAAGUCAGAAGAAUGUAUGUCCAUGUCUGUUUACUGUCCCAAAAAGACAAUAUUUUUCUUGUUUAUUUGUCCAUGAAAAGAAUUGCAUGCCAAAGCCUAUUGUAGAUAAAUGCUCUCAAUGUCUGCAUAAUAUGUUUGAAAAAAGAAAUAUAUUAAUAAAAUAUUCAUUUUUAAAAUAUAUCUGUUCUUUUAUUUGCUUCUUCACUCUUAAUAUUAGUCUCCUAUACCAUCAAUAGUCAUGAAUUAUGAUCUGUACAAUUUGGAAAAAAAAAAAAAGAUUUCCAAUACUUAAAAACUUUGAUGAAAACAUUUGAGUAUAUUCAACUUGUUCAUUUUUAAAGUGUAGUUAAACCAAUUCAGUGAAGAUUAAGAUUAAUAGUUGAAUAUACUUAAGUAGACAGCCUACAUCACAACUAUUCAUUAAUGGCAUGACGAGAUAAUUAGCCAGUCAUUAGCCAUGUUUACGUGGACCACUUUGGAGUAAAUACCUGAUCUGAAUAAAAAAGCUUCAUAUAAACACUUCAUUCAGAAUAAAAUCAUCCAAUUCAGCUCACUUGGAAAGAAAUGUCAUUCUGAUCAAGAGGGGGGGUUUAUGCCGAUAGUCAUUUGGAAACAUUUGAUCUGAUCAUCUCUCCCUGUUUGGGGUGAGUUUUGUCUUACUGCACCACAGACUAACCAGACAGAAACGUGGCAGGAACAAAAUAAAACUGUCGCCGAGAUAGCUCGAAACUUUGAAAGAGUACCAAAUUGUUGAUCAGAUAGUGGAAGGUACAGAUACAAAAUAGUAGAACAAUCCAAUAUUUCGCGAAAGUAGGGGUUAAAAAAAAACGAGCGAGCGCAGGCAGUUUAAUUACAACAAAGGCGAAAAAGAAUUUCUUCUUCUACUGCAAAUUUUUGGUAGAUUUGACCAGUGGGAAGAUGCUGCACAUGUCAGAGCACUUAUAUUCAGAUUAAAUGUAUGAUACAUGAACGCGCGUAUCUGAAUUGGAUCAUAUCUUUUGUGAACAGAGAAGUUUAAAUCUCUCAUCAGAAUAAAUUCAAUCAGAUUGUGAAAAAAAAUGCUCAUGUAACAGCAGCUAUUGUUAAAGAUUUUGGGGUGGCCAAUCAGAUUUUAUAGUGACCUUGGUUGGCCCCAGCUACCACUGAUCUGCCUCUAGUUAACACAGCAGCACCACCUAGUAUUGGUACUAGUAAUUACGAUACAGUCAAGAGGCCAUAUUCCACAGGGAUUAUUUUUAGUAGCUAUUCCCUCUGGGCCAAUUAAAAAUGGGCACAGUUUGGACACCUCUGUUCUAAAUCAAAGCCACCCCCCGACAGAUGCUGACAGAUUACGCUGGGGACUUCAUUCUGAGCCAAGACAAUAAGGAGCCUAGCUGGUCAAGCUGGGGAAAUGACAGAUUGCCCCAUUAGCCAACUGAAACAUACAGUGUAGACAAAAGUCUUCUGCCCCCUGACCACCAUUCCACCAACAGGUACUGUAAUGACAUGGUAUUCAAAUCCAUACACUUUAAUAUGGAGUUUACCCCCCCUUUUUCAGCGUUAACAGCCUCCACUCUUCUUGUAAGGCUUUCCACAAGAUUUUGGAGUGUUUCUGUGGACUGUGUGCCCAUUAAUUCUGUUGAGCAUUUAUGAAGUCAGAUAUAGAUGUUGCAAGAAAAAGCCUGGCUUGCAAUCUCCGUUCCAUUUCAUUCCAAAGGUGCUCAAUGGGGUUGAGAUCAGGGCUCUGUGUGGGCCAGUCACUUAUCAAACUAGGUCUUUAUAGUCCUUGCUUUGGGAACUGGACCGCUGUCAUAUUGGAAUAGAAAAAGGCAUUCCCCAAACUGUUGCCAAAAAGUUGGAAGCAUUACAGGGUUAGAAAAAUGUUUUCUUUAUCAAUAAAUAUUUCCCAGAACUGCAUCAUUAUCAAACACAAAAUAAUUCAUAGAGAGUAACCCCUGUGGACAUGUGGCCCCCUUUUAAACUCUUGGCUAUUCAUCCUCCAAGGUCUGGACCUGGAUCGGGUUAAUCCCUUCAAAAACCAGGAUUAAAGUGAUCUGCAAUUCUCCAAAAAAAAAAAAAAAAAAAAAAAAGACGGAAAAUGUGGAUUAUCAAAUUGAGAUAAGUAUUAUCCAGGUUGGACCUUUUGAGCACCUGGACCCUGGUAUUUGUUGAACACCUGCAGAUGAACAAAGCUGUGUUUUCCUCAGCUACUGUUCUUCUCUAUCAGGGCUGGGUAUUUUCCAAAGCCUCGUGAUACAAUAGGUAUCUCAAAACAGAGGCCUAGAUAUGAUAAUGGGUUACACAUUGAUUUUGGAUAGUGGAUACAUCUUGAUAAGAAUACCAUACACAGAAUCCCCUACAGUUAGCUGUUCUUUACUGUAGAGAAUAACAGCAAAUAUGUAGUUUUAAGGAUCCUACAACUUAUAAAUUCAGUCCACAGUGAUCCAGGAAAUAAUUCCUAAAAAUCUGUUUAUAAUCCCUGAGCAGUUAAAAAAUAUUAAUACAGUAUCAUUUAUCUGUAUUUAAACUUGAAGUGGCUAUCUCAGUUGUCUUUCUUGCUGUUGUUUUUGGAACAGAAAAAACAUUCUGCUUUCAAGCAUAACCGCUGCUUGUGAUCCUAUGAUCUCACUUAAAGUUGAGGGAACUUUUGACUUUACAGCGUCUUUCAGUGCUGGUUUGGUUGACACAAACUGGCCAGGUCUAGCAAGCCUAGUUGUUGUUGCUACCUGCUGAACAGGUUGAUGUCUUUUCAUGUGUACUAUGACUGGAGAGUGUCUGUUUUGCUGCAGUAUUUUACCUUGUUUUUGCACAGCUGUUUUUACACAUCCCAGGCCUGACUCCCAACUUUCUGGUGUUUGAAGAAACCCAAUAUCGCUCUCAGUCAUGACAGCAGUAGACAGACUUCAACUGUGUUCUGACUUGUUUUGAUUUGAAGCGUGCACUGAGUCAUGUAGUUUAGCCUCUGCUGCUGCCUAUUGUUUUUCGUUUUGUUUUUUGUUAUUUGAAUCAUAGGCAACAUGAAAGUCAUAACUGCUACCCAUGCAUUUGAAGCCAUAUCAGCUCUGUAAAAUUUGUGUAUCAACAAGAAGUACAUAAUGAAAUGGUGCUAUGUCAAUUAUAGCACACAGGCCUGUUCUGCACCCUUACUGAUAAUUCUGAUUAUGGCCACUAGAGGUGCUGCUGCCUCUUUAAGAAAAUAUAGGUCAAUAAACUGAUAGAUAAUGCACUGGGUCAUGUUUAUGGUGCAGACACUCGUAAAUUACACCUAACAGCCUCAGCUCAGGAGACUCCUCACCUCCUGCUGGUGUGGUAGCACUGCUAAAGGACAUCAUUUGAUUUCCAUUAUGGAACAUUGACCUCCUCACUGUUUAAAAGAGCUUCCAGUUUAGUCACAGCAGGAGGUUAAAAGGACCAUUAGUAUUCUGUUUCACAUACACAGUUUAACACAGUGCAAACCGUUUAUCAUUUAAUAGAGUAGGAACAGUCUACAGAGAUGAAAUCUCUGAAACACAUUGCCUUUACAUUACUUUCGCUGAACUCUUUUUAAGUCCCUGUCUCACUAUGAACUUCUUCAUACCUUUUUCUAACGUAAACGUUUCUAUUUUGUUAAGUGUGUUGCCUACUCUUGUGUAAAUUUUCUCUCAGGUUCAUGUUUGAUUCCAGGAAAUGAUUUUUUCAAGCAAUUAUCAGCCUCCUGCUUAUUGUGUCCAUUAGUUUCUGUGCUGUGGCCCCCGUGGGUGAACUGUCAGGUAAUGCAGGGGUGUGUUUUUCUCUCUGUACCUCAAUUUCCUGGAUAACCCUCCAUUAGGUUGAACAAAUAAACAGCACUUUAAAACAGAUAUAUAUUUCUGCCAGCUGGCAGCUCAGCCUCUAAUGCUUAGCUCCGGUGGGCUGUUUCUCAGCCAGACUCAAGUGUUUACCUCACUGUUUUGUUAUUUCCCACUUGCUCAGUUAAUACAGAGUUUUACGAUACCCAACAGAAAUAUGCAAUGUAACUUCCCCCUCUAUUACAUUUCUGUAUACUAAAUAAGUGGAUUUUUCCCUGUCUUACCCGAAUUACAAAAGGUUACUGCUGCAGUUAUCUAUAGUACAAAAGGUACAGCAAUAUUUGUACUGUCUAUUUUUACAAAACCCUCAAUGGAACACCAUUUACAGUGCUUGUAAAAAGUAUUCAGCCCCAUCUAAUCAUUCAUGGUCAAUAUAAUUUAGCUUUUCUUAUUGAAAAAUGACAAAAAACCUAUUUAAUGUGAACAUGAAGCCAGAUUUCCACAGA